AUGGCAACGACAACGACUACAUGGAUAACGACGACCGAUUCUAUAUCCCACAAACAUGACUUUACGGAGUCGAGAAACGAUUCAUAUUUGAGAAGCAGCAGCAGCACUCUACGGCCCUUACCCCUUACAGAAGAACAAAAUAUUAUAAAGAAAGAGGCAUAUACGGAAACCGCUGAAAUAAAGACUACAAACAUCGAGCAACAUUCAGUUCCUGUUCCGGUUGUCGAUAAAUUGGCUGCGACACAGAAUGCGCUGCUGCUACAUGCUAUAAAAGAAAAAUAUACGCUUGUGACGGAUCAUGCGAUUCCCUCUAUACAUCAUCAGGAUGAGAUUCUUAUUGAAGUUUCGGCUAUUGGAUUGAAUCCAAUCGACUGGAAAGCGCCUGCUUUUAACUUUGGUAUUCCUAGUUUACCCUGGGUUUUUGGUCGCGAUUUGGCUGGCAAAGUCAUCAAAACCUCUUCUUCAUCUUCCCGACUGCAAGUUGGCGACCUUGUGCUCGUCCCCUCGACAGAUUAUCGUGACAUUCGCAAAGCGGCAUUUCAAGAAUACGCCGUGACCACGCACUAUAACGCAGCUAAGAUUCCGCCGACAACAUCGAUACACGGUGGAGCAUCAAUAGGCGUUGCUUAUGUAGCGGCGGCGUUGGCAUUGGGAGUUUCGUUUGGUCUAGACUUUGGGCUUGCGCGGAGCGUUCCGGGACCGGACUUGAGGACUAUAUUAAAGAGUGUGAAUGCGCAGGAUAUUCCAGAGGAUGUUCGUCCGGAGUGUCUUCCUUCAUCAGAAGCAGGGGCUGAACGAGUGAAGAAGGGUGAUUGGAUAGCUAUAUGGGGAGCAUCUACAACUACAGGCUACAUAGCCUUACAACUUGCAAAACUUUGCGGACUCAAAGUCAUAUGUAUAGCAGAUAUCGCCCGACACGGGCAAAGACUUCAUGCUCUCGGUGCCGAUAUCCUAGUCGAUCGACACGAUACCAAUCGCGCCGUUGAUAUAAUCCGAGGAGUCACAAACGGUCAAUUACGAUUCGGCAUCGACAUUGUCGGACGCGACACAGCCACCAUUUUAGAAAAGGCAUUAUCUCAACCUCAUAAAGAGGGAGGAAACGAGCCGCAGUCUCACUUAUUAGGUCUUACUGGAUCACCAAAGGAGAAAAAGGACGGGAUUGUCUAUCAUACUGUGCCUAUCAAAAUAUUCCAUGAAUCUCCGCAAGUUGGUGAAGGGUUGGUUAAAUGGUUGGAGAAUCUGUUGGAGUAUAAGGCGUUGACACCACCAGAAGUGGUUAUUAGAGACGAGGGCGGUUUAGGCGGAAUUAACGAUGCGUUGGAUUUGUUGAGGAGUGGUGAAGUGAGUGGGAAGAGGAUUGUUGUUGAUUUGAGAAGGGGCGAUGUCAAGCAGAGCACCAUUCAAUGA